AUAUAUAUAUAUAUUAUAUUAGUAUUUUAGAGGACUAUUAACCAAUGUUUUAAAUACAGACAUUUAGUUUUGGUUUCCCAACAAUAACUAGUUAUUAUGAAUAACAUAUUUGAAGAAGCAUAUUAUUUUUUCCAUCAGCUGCAAUAUUCUUUCCUACUCGUCACUUUGACAUCAUCAGUCCUUGUGUAACUGUUCUGAAUGUAAGUUUCUGGGUGGGAGUGGACCACUCCCACCCCUGAGCCAAUCCUUAUCCAUCAACAGAAUUCUUCUCAAUGAAUCAUUUGGUUCCUGUCUACCUUUACCACCCCCAACCGUUGGAAAAUCUCUGAUGUGUGCGCAAAUUAAAUAGCCAUUUCUAUAGCUUAACUCUAACCAGUAAAGUUUGUUAAUGGUAAAACGUAUAGUGCAGGUUUUAUUUAAAACAUGUUUUUGAAUGAUAACAUGUAAUAUAACUUAUAAUGAGCUUAUCUAUGAAUGCAGAGUUAUGUACUACAUUCUCCUGAUUGAGAAAUGAAUAGAGUGAUGUGUUACAUAUCCUGACCAUGCAGUUUGGAUAUGAAUUAUGUACUGCAUAUCCUGACUGAGGUAUUAAUAGUUAUAUACUAGAUAUCCUGACUAUGAGGUGGUCAGAGUUAUAAUAGAGUUACUGUAUGUACCCGGACUUUGAAUAUGAGAUGUACUACAGUAUCCUGACUAAGAGGUAUUACUAGAGUUAUGUUCUACAGUACCCAUACUAAGGUUUGAAUAUGUGUUAUGUACUAAAUAUACUGACUGAGGUAUUCAUAGUUAUUUACUACAGUAUCCUGACUAUGAGAAAGGAAUAGAGUUAUGUACUACAUAUACUGACUGAGGUAUUAAUAGUUAUGUACUACAGUACCCUGACCGAGGUUUGAAUAUGAGUUAUAUACUACAUACGGACUGAGGUAUUCAUAGAGUUAUGUACUACAGUACCCUGACUGAGGUUUGAAUACAAGCCAUCCAGGUAAACGGGGCUUGGUAGUGUCGAUACGGUAAAUACCUCACACUUGAUUGGCUGAGAACAAACACAACAUUCAAUGUUAGAACAGGCAGGCCUAGUUUAACAAUAACGAUAUGCAAGGCAAAUUUAUACAGCAACCAUUCAAACUGAGAAGCCACCCACAAAGGCUUUACACAAAUAGACAAUAACAUUUUGAUCAUUAUCAAAAAAUAACUAAAUAAACGUUGAUUAGGGAGUAAAAUCUGAGGAAAUAGUUGAUGUAUCAAGCUUCCAGGUUAUAAUUCGAUUCAUUAAUUGGUUUAUUUCUGAAUCUUGACAUCAUUGCCUUAAAUGAUGCCAAGUAUGUAUGGUAUUGUAAGACUAUUUUAUAUCACAUAACGCAUGAAGAACACCUGUUUUCAUUGUAGUGACUAUGGUGCUCUGGACCAGAUCUCUGCAUGUGAUCCAAUCAGAGACUCCACAAUGUCAAUGGUGGUGGAGUGGUGGAGGCUGUUCCCCAUUAAAACCCAUAUUUGGUGCAGCCUGGUUAACCUUAAACCUAUCUGGUUGGUUGUGAGUCCCCUAAUGUUAACAUACUCCCUUUCCUGGGUAAAUGGUUACAUUGUGUUCUGCUUUUGCAUCUCUUUUGAGUUCUACUUUCCUUCUCUGACUUAUGGCAUGUCUGGGGGGAAUAAGGUACCAACUGAAGUUAGGGCUUGUUUAAACAUGUAUUCUUUAAAUGUGUGUUGGCAGAGGGAGGAAAAUUUGGUGCUGAGGAAGAAAAGCCAGAAGCUGUCACCUUGAGUCAUUUGGGGAAGGGGCGGGAGUGUAGCUUCCACCGCUCUGGGUGAUUUGAACGCCAAUGAUUGGUUGACAUGAUUGUUGAGUAUUGAGCAGGUUCAUGAGUAUUUACUUUUCCCAGGGAAUGAUUUAUUUAACAUUUGACAGACAUCUCCACAAUACAUGAAUAUACGGCAAAUACACCAUUCCUCAGAUUAAGUCUUCAGUAGUUAUUUACAUCUAUUGACACACAUCAAAAUUAUUCAUAAAUCAGAUUGCAUGGCAAGAGGAAUAAGAUAAUAAUUUAAAAACAAAUCUUAUUUUCUUCAUGGGAUGAUGCUCCAAAAAUAUGAUGUUUCAAAAAGAAAAAGCUUGCAAUGCAACAGUUCUGGUUGUUCAUUGUCAUUAUCUAAACCAAUGAAAUAACAGAAAGAAGUCACCACUGCAGCAGUGGGCGGAGUUAUCUUGGAUAUAACCUAUGUCCCAGGUUUGAUCCAGGUGAGCUCACAGGAUGAGUCCCCAUGAUGACUGAACAGAGAGUACAAUAACUUUAGUGUCUGAGUCUGACAUUCCCUUGUUGCGUCUUAAUUUUGCGGUUAACCUGUAAAUCCAGUUUCUUGAAACCCCUGGCCGAUCCUGUUUGUAGUCAUUUCAUCCCACUUCUGCAGCACACUCAGCCACACUGCCAGACACCUUCUUGUUCACUGAUCACACAGCAUGGAUCUCCUUUAUCGCACAGUGGACCUCCACUGCCAGGCCAAUAACUCCGCCCACCACACAAGUGACAUCUCAACCGAGGAGUUGAUCAUCAGGCGAGGACAGUCCUUCCUCCUGAACUUGGAGCUGCCACGACCUUUCAACCCUAACACUGACCAGCUCCACUUCACAGUAAAAACUGGCUCCAGGGCGUCAGAAGACCUGGGGACCCGGUCUGCGUUUGGAAUCCCCGAGAGUCAUGUGACCCGCUCCCCGGGUGCCAAGGCGAAGUGGAGGGCCGAGCUCGACACAACCUCCUCCCCAGCCCUGGGCAGGGUGACCCUGGCCGUGACCCCGCCGGCCGACGCCCCCGUGGGGAACUACUACCUGACCAUGGAAAGGGGGGACAAGGAGGCCAGUCUGGGACAUCUGGUGGUGCUCUUUAACCCCUGGUGCCCAGAGGACUGGGUAUAUCUCCCAGAAGAGGAGGAGAGGCAGGAGUAUGUGCUGAAUGAACAUGGAGUGAUCUACAAAGGAACUACCAAGUACAUCAGCUCUGUGCCCUGGGACUAUGGACAGUUUGAUGAGGACAUAAUGGACAUCUGCAUGAAGAUAUUGGACGUCAACCCCAAAUACCUGAGGGACCCAACCGAUGACGUCUCUGCUCGCUGCAACCCCAUCUACGUCAGCCGCGUGGUCAGCGCCAUGAUCAAUUCGUCCGACGACGCUGGUGUCCUGGUCGGAUGCUGGGGAAAGCCUGACGGACGGGGCGUGCCGCCGUCCAUGUGGAGCGGCAGUGUGGAGAUCCUGAAGCAAUGGCGCAGGAAUGGCUGUCACUCAGUCAAGUAUGGCCAGUGCUGGGUGUUCGCAGGGGUCAUGUGCACAGUGAUGCGGUGCCUGGGCAUCCCGUGUCGCGUGGUGACCAACUACCAGUCAGCUCAUGACACAGACAAGUCCCUCACCGUGGACGUCUACUACAGCGACUUCGGAGUGCGACCCAAGGAGUCAAAGGACACCAUCUGGAACUUCCACGUGUGGGUGGAGGCGUGGAUGAAGCGUCCAGACCUGGAGGGAGAAGGAGGAAACUAUGACGGGUGGCAAGUUCUGGACCCCACACCUCAAGAGAGGAGCAAAGGCGUGUUCUGCUGCGGCCCUGCCUCUGUUAAGGCCAUCCUGAACGGACACACACACCUGAAGUACGACGCCCCGUUUGUCUACGCUGAGGUCAACGCCGACGUCAUCGACUGGCUGCUAAUGUCCAACGACCCGAAGCAGCAGCUGUGCUCUGACACCAAGCGAGUGGGCCAGAACAUCUCCACCAAGUCAAUCGGCUCCAACAAGAGGCAGAACAUAACAGCCACGUACAAAGCCAGAGAGGGAACUGAAUUGGAGAGGAAUACCUUCAAGCAUGCCAUCACCAGGGAUUACUCACUGGAGGGACAUGCCCGGCACAAGAUCAGCGUCAACCGGGAGGGCCUUAGCACCGAAGCAGAGCAGGAGGAGCAGGAGAAUGCUGAGGGAGGAAGGAGCAUAGGGAACGGGGAGAUCACCGUGGAGGAAAAUGAGGAGGAGAACGCCGUUGUCCCAACGGCGCCUCUCCCACAGAUGGUGGUGAUGCAGAUUGAGGAGGCAUCGACGCCGAUCAGUGGGCAGGACGUCCAUCUGAAGGUGACCCUGAGCAGCGAGGACCGGGUGCCCAGAUCUCUGUCUCUGCGGGUCAACGCCCAGACCAUGCUGUACACUGGCGUACCGGCCGCCAAUGUCCUCACUAAGAUAGAAGAACACACCCUGCAGCCUGGACGAGCUCUGUCCGUUGCCGUGGUGAUCCCGUUCUCGGUGUACGGUGAACACCUCUUUGACUGUGACAGUAUGAAGAUUUCUGUGUUGGCCACGGACCAGAACCACCCAAAGCUGGUGUACCUGGCCGAGAACAACAUAGUCCUGCAGGAUCCUCCCAUCUCCAUCACCGUGAAAGGCGUGGCUAGGCUUUACCACCAGCUGGAAGUAGAUGUGGCCUUCAGCAAUCCCAUACAGGAGACCCUACAGAACUGCUCCUUCCAUGUCAGUGGCAGCGGCCUGCUCAACAACCCUGUGGAAGCGAGUUUACCGGACCUGAAACCCGGUUGCCGCAUUCGGUUAGUACUUGCCUUCACGCCGUACAGGAUCGGAAAGAAGACCCUGGUGGUGGAUUUCGAUUGCUCCACUUUCAGGGAUGUCAAGGCCAGCGUCACCAUCGAUGUUCGACUGCAUUAGGCCACAACACUCCAUUACCAUGGUGACGAAUUCUGGGACCGCAGUUAAAGAGAAAGAUGAAUCUUGAUUAAUCAAAUUAAGUGCUGUUCUGCAUAACCAUAAUCAUUUAAGGUGUAAACAUUACCCUACAUAACCCCAUUGUUAUACCGAGGAUUUAUUCUUUCUUUAUUAUUUCCGAUAUAAUAUUCACAAAUCAACACUUUUUCUUUAAAUAUCAAUAAACAGAUAUAAUUUAAACUUAGAGAUUCAACAGUUUUAGUUUGAAACCCGCUUUGUAUAUUUUCAUGUCCAUAUUAUACCUAGAUAUUUAAUAUAUCCUAGAAAUAAGAAGCCCUAGGAUGGAACUAGAAACAUAAUCUUUCUCCCAUACCUGAAGGGAGAGACACAUCUUUGACAUCCACGCGUUCACCUUUUUUAAAAGUCUAUAUGUUUUAAAAAACAUAUUUUCAACCUCACUUUGCACUACAGCACUCAGGAGAGAAUGCAUUUUUUAGUUUUAUUUUGCUGCUCAGUUGUGUUUACGAUUCAUUGUAUUCUAUGUUAUUAAAGAGGUUGUAUGGGAUUGCUCUA